UUUAAAGGUCCAGCCCUCAAACAUUUAUGUAUGAGAUAUCAUGUCCUUGUACCUUAGCUUUGCUCUUGGUCUGGCGACUGGAAAUAUAAUUCUUCACGGUAUUCAGUAGAAAAUGUCUUCAUUUAUUUAUUAGCGGACGCCCGCGACUUCGUCCGCGUGAAAAUUGAUGUAAUCUUUUAACCUCUAGUUCACCUAUUUCUAUUACUAUUCAUAUUUUAGCAUAUUUUAUAAAUUUUUACAAAUUGAAACAUGCUGGAGUUUCAAUGCAAACUUUCAACCCCUAAAUCACCCUCUUUUGAUUUUAUUUUCGGGACAAAAAGUGUUCUAUACUAUAACCUUCAUCGUAUUAAGGCCUCACAUCGUGGCAAGUUUAAUUUUAAUUUAAUUCAAUUCGGUCAACAAAAAGACGAACAGACAGACAAAAAAUAAAGAUAUAUAUUUUUGGCUAUCGAUUAUAUUGUAAUGCCCACCAACUAAAAUUUUUAAAAUAUCUUCUAUAGAAUUCGAAUUGUACCUGUUACAGUUAUAGACAGAAUAGUGGUAUUAUAGACGUUAGCUUUUAGCGUAGUCUGUUCUGUGGUAUAGAUAGAUUUAUUUACGUUCUAUACUUUUGAGAAUGUGGAUCCUUGAAACCUGAUACAUUCAAACCAUUAAAUUUUCCACAAACCACCAUUCCAAACUCCAUAAUUAUAGUACCUACUGUUCUUACAUGUGGUAAGCGUAGUAUGGAAGAGGAACCAUAUUUUUUAAAAUCUAUUUACAUAUAGUACACAAAUUAUUCAACAAAAUUAGUAAACAUAUUAUUAUUUGUAUUAGCCACGUUUGGAAACCGGAUGUGAAAGUGUAAACUACCUUUUAAUAUGUAUAAAUUAAACAGAUUUUUUAUACUCAGAAAGACAUUGAACAGACAAAAAUAUUUAAGCACAAUUGUGAAUGGAGUAGAAGAACCAAUAAAGCCCUGGAAGAAGAUACCUGGACCUUUAUCUUUACCAAUCAUUGGACAAAUACUUCAUUUCCUUCCAGGAGGUUGGCUACAUAAACGCUCAAUUGAAUUACAACAAUUACUGUAUGAAAACUAUGGGCCAAUUGUAAGACUAGACGGAAAUCUGGGUUUCCCUCCAAUUACUUUUCUCUUUGAUCCAGAGGCUGCUAUAACACUCUUUCGCAAAGAAGAAUCGCUUCCUUUUCGUCCAGGUUUCGAAUCUCUAGUAUAUCACAGGAAACAUUUUUACAACAAGAACGUGGAUGAUUCAUGUGGAGUUCUUUUCGAUCAGGGAGAGGAUUGGAAGAAACUCCGAUCUUUGGUGAACCCUGUAAUGAUGCAUACAAAAACAAUUAAACUUUACACAAAUGCUUUGGCGGAGGUGGCAGAUGAUAUGGUUCAUAGAUUGAAAUCUAAACGUAACAAGCAAAAUAUGAUUGAGACAAAUUUAUUCAAUGAAUUAAACCUUUGGGCUUUAGAAUCUACCGGUUUAGUGACGUUCGGAGAACGUCUCAACUGCCUUGAUCCAAAUCUAUCAAAUAAUUCUCCUGCAAUGAAAUUAAUAAAAACACAGCAAGAGUCUCUUUGUAUGAUAGAAAAGCUAGACUUUCAACCAAGCCUUUGGAAAUAUAUAACAACUCCUGCGUACAAAAAAGGAAUUAAAACCUUUGAUGAUAAUUUAAGAUACACUUGGUUUUUUAUAGACAGAGCUAUACAAAAGCUUAAAUCUAAGGAAGAUACAAGUGAUGAAAUCAAAGGCAUUUUUGAAAAAAUAUUUAAAAUCGACCGUGAUGUUGCAGUUACUUUGGCUAAUGAUUUAAUCCUUGCUGGUGUUGACACGUCUGCUAAUACUUCUUUGGGGAUUUUAUAUCAUUUGGCGGCUAAUCUAGAAAAGCAAAAUAAAUUAAGAGAAGAAGUAUUGUCAAAACAAACUUCUACAUAUCUUAAAGCUUGCAUUAAGGAAGGAAUGAGAUUAUAUCCUGUUGUUGGGGGAAAUUUUAGAAAAACAAUGAAAGAGCAUGAGGUUCUAGGGUACAGAAUACCCAAAAAUAUGGUUAUUAUUCUAGGUAAUCAAUAUUUAUGUUCGGUAGAAGAUCAAUUUCCACAACCGUCAGAGUUUAUACCAGAAAGAUGGAUUGUUGAUAAAAAUAACCCUCUUUACUAUGGCAAUGCUCAUCCAUUUGCUUAUGCACCCUUUGGAUUUGGAGUUCGGAGUUGUGUAGGUCGACGUAUCGCUGAUUUACAGAUCGAGAUGUUAAUAUCGAAGAUAGUUGAAAAUUUCAAACUAGAUUGGAUUGGACCGCCACCAAAGCGUACACGAAGAAGUACUCUUAACUACAUUCUGGAGCCAUAUAAUCUUGUAUUCAACGAUAUCUAAAAUUUUGGUUAUUGAUUGAAACAAAGUUAUGGUUACGGUCAUAAUAAAGACUUCGUCCACGUGAAAA